CACAACAACUUUUUAUUGUGAAAAUGGCGACUACCGGGGUUGGUUUUCGAUGGUUAGAUAUAUUAGAAAAGGAAUUCGAUAAAGCAUGUGUCGAACUCGAAACGUCUUUAACGGAUUUGGAGACGGAGGAGCCUGACAUAGUGUUCUCAGCCCGGCAGAAGAUAGCUACACUGAGCUCUUGCUUUGCACAACUCUCACACAAAUCACUGACUAUAUUUCAGAAUAGUGCCAAAUUGGAGGUUUUAGAAGUUAAAACGUAA